AUGAUUGACGAGGACAGUACAUUUAAUAUUAGCAAUAGUUCAGAAAUUAUUGUCAAUGAUGUCAUACCUAAAAUAGUUGGAUUUUGGCUUUAUAUUAUUUUUCUUAUACCAUCUAUUAUCUGUUCAUUCAUUAUUAUUUCAUAUCUUCUAUUUCAUCGUCCAUCGCGUAAUGCUCUCAAUAAUCAUGUUAUUCUUGUUGAUCUUAUUAUUGGUCUUAUUUCUGAAUUAACACUUUAUCCAUCGAUACUUUAUUAUUAUCGAUAUGAUGGUAUAUGGCAUAGAUCUCGUACUUUUUGUGCUAUAUGGAGUUUUAUUGAUUCGGGACUUUAUGUAACUCAAAUGGUACUCGUUUGUUGGGCUUCUAUUGAAAGACAUAUACUUAUUUUUCAUAGUCGAUGGAUGAUGACAAAAAAGAAACUUUUUUUUAUUCAUUAUCUUCCUCUCAUUUUAAUUCUUCUUUAUUGCAUGAUCUAUUAUAGUAUUGCCCAUUUUUUUCCACCUUGUGAAAAUUAUUUCGAUGAUUCUACUAUGCAAUGUUGUUAUCUUUGUUUUUAUGAUUAUUAUGCUCUAUUUAUGUGGGAAAUGAUAGCGCAUGAAAUAAUACCUUCUAUAAUAAUUGUUAUAUCAAGUAUAACUUUGAUAGCACGUGUUUCAUGGCAAAAACAUCGUGUAAAUCAAUUAAUUCAAUGGCGAAAACAGCGAAAAAUGGUCAUUCAAUUAUUAUCUAUAUCUUUACUUUUUGUUAUAUUCUUUUUUCCUCUAACAGUGAUGAAUUUUUUAUAUUUGUGUGGUUUACCGUCGGAUAUGGGAACUGAAGUUUUUGAGUAUAUCUUAUUUCUUAGCUAUUAUAUGCCACUUCUAUUACCUUUUGUUUGUAUAUUAUCAUUACCUGGACUUAGAAACAAAAUCAUUAACAUCUUACGUUCUCGACGGCACGUAAGACGAAUUAGACCUGCAAUAUUGUGUAAUGAGGAUGCUUGUUAG